CUGAGUUGCCAAAUCCUUUCUACAUCAAGAAAGUUCAAAGUUGAGGAAAGUUUGGCGGAAUAACCGGAGGGCGGUAACCUUACUUGCGUCGCCAGAAUAACCGGAGUAUAUUUUUGGGCAGAAUAUCCAACAAGUAAUUUCCAAAUUUACUACGUACAUUAUUCUAACUAUCUGUUCGCGAAAAUUACAAAAAGGAAUAUGAAGAUGAUUACACUCAUAUCCUUCCCCUUCAGAUUUCUUGCGAGGUUCGAGUUGAUUUACAAGAAUUUCCUUUUAUGGUUGUGCUGUUUCUGAGCUAAAUUGCGAUUAUUUUUCUUGUUUGCUUCAGAUUAGUUUUCACCGGCGAGAGACCAUCACAAUUGAGGGAAUUCAUCUCAGUGUUUAUCCUAUAGGAAGUUGGGAGUAGUGGGGGCUUUUGCGGCAGUUGGUUUGGCCCUAUUAGAUGAGCGGUGGUGGUUAUGCAGUGAGCGGAGGGGUCGCCGCCGCCGCUGAGGGUUAUACUACAGACGGAAUAUCCGCGGCUGACGGCAGUCAGUGUUUAGACACGGAAAAGCAUGCCCAUGUCAAUGAAAGUGCAGAUAAAUCCCUGCUUACUAUAGUAAUUGCUGCAGAUGGUUCUGUCAAUAAACAGGAAUCUGUUUCUUCCCCAGAGCCUGUCCUGAUAACUCACACCCUAGGAGAGAAAGGUUGUACUGAGACUCUCAAGAAGCCUCACUUGUCUACGAAUUCGAGCUCACAUGAAGAAUGCAGGGUAUGCCAACAGGAGAAGGAAGAGGAUUUGAUAGAACUUGGAUGCCAUUGUCGUGGUGGGCUCGCAAAUGCACAUCGUACAUGCAUAGAAACAUGGUUUAAUACAAGAGGCUCCAAUAAGUGUGAGAUAUGCCAUCAAGUAGCAGCUAAUGUGGCAAUCCCAGAGCCCCGCACAGAUACAAGUUACUUGGUAUGGAGGAUCGAUCCUUCAUUUAGAGGAACAAAUAUGGCACAACAACAGGAUAGGGGCUGUUUCAGUCCACUUGGGGUUGCAUUCUCUAUCCUCAUUGGUGGCCUCUUAUUGGAUCUUCUAAUAUCCCUUACUCUCGGUGUGUCUGCACUACCAGUGAACAUUAUUAUAGUAUUUCAGGUGUGAUAGUUGUGCUUGGCCUUGGUACAGCUCUUCGGCUUGCACUCGAGUUUUGCCAUGAUUGGAGUGUUCGAAGAAGAGUACAUAGGAUGGAAGCAAAUGUCAGCGUUGGUUUUAAUCCUCCCUUGUAGGUAGAAUUGAACAUAGAAGGAAUAUGUGGGUGGAGUUAUAGAAGGCCAUUACUUCAUGGGCAAGCUCUCGUUGGGUUUUGUGACUCAACUCCUGGAAGACAAUAUAAGAGCAUUUGCAAUUUGAGUAAUAAUGAUGUUUUCGCAUUUUAAUAUAUGUUCUGAGGGUCAGUGCAUUUAUUUGGGCAGGUCUGGCUCUUGGAAUAUCAAAUAUGAUUGACCUUGCUUUUUGAUCAAAUUUGUGUAUAUGAUGUUAAAUACUUUUUUUAAUCAAAUUUAUGUAUAUGAUGGAUGAUAUUGGCAUACAACUAUUAGAAUUCAGAACAUACAUGUUUACCUCAGUUUUGAAUGUGUGCAUAGCAGCAAAGAACACGCUGUC